AUGAAUGUUUAUGAAGAUUCUAGUCAAUAUGAUGAUUCCAAAUCAGAAUUUCUAGAAGAAGAUGAUAACAGCGAUAGCGAUUCUGAACAACUAAAAUCCAACAUUGAAAAUAAUCAUUGGUUCAGUAUUUAUCGUAGGCGUACAAAUGUUAUAGAAAAUGCAAUAAAGAAUAACGAUAUUUAUACUAACAAUGAUGAUUUUAUCGAUAAAAGUUUAUCGGAACCUUUAUCUAAUUGUUGUUAUGAUAUAAAAGCCGAAUCUUCUAAAACAAGAUACAAAUUAAAAUUGAUUAUGUAUACUAUAGUUGGAGCAACCGGAUGUUACAUAAGUUACAAAUAUAUACCAUUUUAUAUUCAUACAUUUGUAAUUGGUGAUAGUACAUUAAAUAAUGAACCUACUAUACAACAAGCAAUGAAGACAUUAUAUCACGUGAAUCCUUGUUUAAUUUUAUAUGAUGGGUGGAUAAAUCAGUUUUUUAAUACAUAUCAUCCUGAUACUUAUAGAUUAUCGUUAACAACAUCAGUAUACUUAAAGCUCAAAGGGCCCAUUUUAAUAAUGUCAUAUCCAUAUUAUAAAAUUCCUAAAAGGUCACUUUACAAUGAAAAAAAACCAAAAUUAAUAUUUUUAAAAGAAUGUAUGUAUGAUUUGACAGACUGCAGCAUCGUGUUACUACCUCAAAAUUUGACCAAUAAAAGAAAAUGGAACAAAAAAUUUCCGAUAUGCAUAGAGAUAAAAACAGAUUCAUUAAUAGGUAUUCGAAGACCUUCGAAAUCUAAACGUUUUAUUAUAGAUACAGAAGACAAAUGGUUUUAUAAAGAUCUAAUUACUAUUUCAGAACAAGCCGAAAAUAUCUAUAAAAAAAUGUUUGAAGAUGAAAUUAUAGAGUUUAAGGAUUACUAUUGUUUUAAGGAAGGAAAUUUUUAUAGUGAGAGUAACUCAAAUGACACAAAAACUGUUUUUCAAUCAGAUUUCAAAAAUGAGUUAAAAUUUGAUGAUUCAGAACCAAGUUGGUCUAAAAAUCAAGAUCAAAACAUCAAUUUUGAAGACGAAAACUUAAUAGAUAGCAAAUGGAAAACAGAUAGAGAUAAAUUAUAUAUAUUUGCAAGAAAUGAACCAGAAAAAGAACUUUGGUUUCAUCGUUUUAACCUCGCAGCCGUGUAUAGUUCAUCUAAUGAAAUCUUAAGAAAGAGAAAGAUUGAAUCACGUUUUAAACUUCUACAAGCAUACUUUGUUUACAUGUAUAAUGCGUAUGAACUUUCAGUAGUGCCGCUAAUACAAAAUGAAGAUAAACUUUUAAGUAAUAUGUCCAAAGGGCAAGGAUUUUUAUGGUUGAAUAUGGUUCUUGGUCGUGUAUGUUUUGAUUACUUAAAAAAUCCUAAAACGCUCGAAAUACUUGCUGAUAAAUUUCAAAAAAAAUUAAAUGCAUUAAGAUUGCCUAAAGUAAUGGAAAUUAUAGUUAUACGGAGUUUAUGUUUUGGCAAGGGAGAAAUCCCGACUAUUCGUUUUGCUUCAAAACCAUGGAUGAAUCAUCGUGGCUUAUGGUUUGAAUUAGGCAUUGUUUAUAAUGGUACUUUUCAAGUUAUCGUUGACACUAAAAUAGACAUAAUGAAAUUACAAAAAAAAGAUGCACUACAAAUAAAAGAAGAAGAUAAUGAAAGCAAAAAUUCAAACAAAAGUCAGAAUAGUGUAUAUGAACAUUUUACACGUGAAAUAAUUGCUGAAGAACAAAUACCUCAAGAAUCACUUCCUCACCAAGAAACUCGAAUGGAAAAAUUUAUAAAAUAUAUUUUGUCAUCUAGUAUUUUUGAAUUGAACUAUGUGAAACAAAUUUUAGAAAAUGUGGCCAAAAAAGAGUUCAGAUUAGUUAUAGUAAUUAAGCAAUUGGUAGGAACACUUGUAGUCAACAUGCCACCUCCACCUACUGACCGCGUUUGGAUUUCUUUUAAAGGAUGUCCUCAAAUAACAUUUGAAGCAAUGCCAAAAGUUAAUGAUACAAAUGUACCAUUAAUUAAUUUUUUAACUAAGUUAUUACAUAAUGUAUUAAUUAAAGAAUUUGAAAAAAUUAUUGUUUUACCAAAUAUGACCGACUUUUCAAUACCAAUGAUGAAUAGUGAGUAUUAA